CGCAAUGCUACCAACAUAAUGUCCCGCCGCGACGCAAAAUUCUGUAGAAAUCACCGCAUUUGAAGAGCAAAUUAUAAAAAUUUAGUGUAAAUUCAGACAAUGGCAGACUUUAAAUCAAAAAGACAUGAAAAGUCUUUGGGUUUACUAACAACAAAAUUCGUAUCAUUGCUUCAAAAAGCCAAGGAUGGUGUUUUGGAUUUGAAAAUCGCGACGAACUUGCUCGCCGUAAGACAGAAAAGAAGAAUAUAUGACAUAACAAACGUGUUGGAAGGAAUCGGGCUUAUUGAGAAGAGAAGUAAGAACAGUAUACAAUGGAAAGGUGCAGGACCGGAUUGCAAAACAAGUGACAUUGGUCAUAAAGUUAUACUUUUGAGGAAACAGAUUGGGCGCCUGGACGAUCAGGAGCGAUUACUUGAUAAACAGUUACAUUGGAUUGAACAAAGUAUAAAAAAUGUGCUGGAUGAUACAGAUAACAGCAAGUUAUGUUAUGUAAUGGAUAAAGAUAUACAGGGGUGUUUUGAAGAUAAACAAAUACUUGUGUUAGAAGCACCAUUAGGUGCACAAUUAUCACUUGGCUCUGUACCUAGUAAGCAGAAAUUCUUUACUGAAAUGCGGCACAGUGGAAUAUCAAGAACCAAAUGUGUUGUUCCAGAACAACAUUAUUAUUUACAUUUAAAAUCAACAGAAUCUGUUGGAGUUAUACUUUUAAGUGAUAAUGAAAGUGAUAAGGAAACUGAAGAUGACUCAAAUAUGGACGACCUAGAAGUGAAAAAACUAACAGAAAGCGGUAGUGACGACAAUAAAUAUAGUAGCAAUUAUCUCAUGAGACUGAGCCCACCUGUGACAAAACACGACUUCUCGUUUUCUUUACAUGGCACGGAAGGACUUUGUGAUUUAUUUGAUAUCCCAUGCUAGCAGUAUUGUGACAUGACAUUUUUAUGAACUUUUUUUGUUUUAAAGACAUUUUUUAUGACACUAUUUUUGAUCAUGUUGAACUUUAUUGUAUAAGUAUACUAAAAUUGUAAAUAAAAUUUGUAAAUAUGAAAAAUCAUUUUGGAUUAAAUGAAAGGAAAUAAAUUGUUAGAAUAUAUGUAUACACA